UGAACUGGUCCUUCGGUAUAUAAGCGCCGCCCCCCCCCCGUCAGCACGGUGCCUGCGGAUCAGUUGUGCGCGUGCUGUCAUACCGGAUCAGCUUUAACCUAAACACAUCCUACAGAAAAUGGCAUCCACUAAGGAGAAACUGAUUGCCCAUGUGAGCACUGAUCAGCCAGUGGGCUGCACCAACAAGGUGACUGUGGUUGGUGUUGGUAUGGUGGGCAUGGCCGCUGCUGUCAGCAUCCUGCUCAAGGAUCUCACUGAUGAGCUGGCUCUGGUUGAUGUGAUGGAGGAUAAGCUGAAGGGAGAGGCUAUGGACUUGCAGCAUGGUAGUCUCUUCCUCAAGACUCACAAAAUUGUGGCUGACAAAGACUACAGCGUGACCGCCAACUCUAAGGUUGUGGUGGUGACUGCUGGUGCUCGCCAGCAGGAAGGAGAAAGCAGGCUGAACCUGGUGCAGAGGAAUGUUAACAUCUUUAAGUUUAUCAUUCCCAACAUUGUAAAGUACAGCCCCAACUGUAUCAUCCUGGUGGUGUCCAACCCAGUUGAUAUCCUGACGUAUGUGGCAUGGAAGCUGAGUGGCCUUCCCAGGAACCGUGUGAUUGGUAGCGGCACCAAUCUGGACUCUGCUCGGUUCCGCUUCCUGAUGGGUGAGAAACUGGGUCUGCACCCAUCCAGUUGCCACGGCUGGGUGAUCGGAGAACAUGGAGACUCAAGCGUGCCUGUAUGGAGUGGUGUGAAUGUAGCUGGUGUGUCCCUGCAGGGUCUCAACCCAGACAUGGGUACAGACAAGGACAAGGAAGAUUGGAAGAGUGUCCACAAAAUGGUGGUCGACAGUGCAUAUGAGGUCAUCAAGCUGAAGGGCUACACAUCCUGGGCUAUCGGCAUGUCUGUAGCUGACUUGUGUGAGAGCAUGCUGAAGAACCUUCACAAAUGCCAUCCAGUUUCCACCCUGGUCAAGGGAAUGCAUGGUGUGAACGAGGAUGUUUUCCUGAGUGUGCCCUGUGUCCUGGGCAGCAGCGGUCUGACCGACGUGGUGAAGAUGACCCUGAAACCGGAAGAGGAGAAGCAGCUUAUAAAGAGUGCUGAAACCCUGUGGGGUGUGCAGAAGGAGCUGACCUUAUGAACCGUAGCCCCAAUCAAAAUGAAUGCCCUUAACAUCUUUAACUUUUCAUUGUCCUCACUCCUUUAGUCUUGAUUGUAUGUUUCUGAUCAGAUUUCAGACCCAUAGACCUUAACACUCCUUACUAUAAACUUUAGAGGAGGAUGAAUAUUUAUGUAGUCUCAAAUGUUACGAGUAAUAUAUUAUGGUCUUUUGUGAAAGUAAGUGUUUGUCUGCAUGAGUGUUCAUGCUCCAUGUUGUCUUUUGAACUCCUGAUGGCGUGAAUUUCAAAAGAAAUAUUUGUGAGCUGGAUGGUCGGCCAGUUUGGGUUUCUGUCUGGUGUACCUGUGUAUUCUGAGCUCAAAAGGCAUUCCAUCCCAUUUUCUUCCUAAUUCAAAAAUAAAGCCAGCCAGUAAGAGCCAGUUUGUGAAACCAAAGCUGUGUUGUAUGUUUAGUGAGAAAAAUAUCAGUACCUAUAUUAAGGCAUGCACUUUUAUACCUAAAAUCAAUUGUACACAUGCACAUUUUUAUUGAACUCCAAGUACAAAUGAGUUAAGUUUAUGAUAUCAGUGGUAAACUAACAGAGCAAAUACGACAGACCUAACUGAAUAUGGUUCAUUUUAACUUCUGGAAGUAUAUCAAUGAUAUUCAAAUAUGUUUAAACUAUUUGUUUGUGCAACAUUCACACUUGUGAUAUGUGCAUGUUCUCACACCUGCAAAGAUUAUUUUUGUAUGUUUAUUCCUGUGAGCGAAAUGUGCUCCUAGUGGCUUUGUGCUCAGACAUGGCUAAAAGUGAAACCUGAUGUUUAACAGCUGUCUAGCAUCUCGCUUAACUCCCUUCACUUCCAAAUAAAAAUUUAAUAACUACAAAA